GGGAAACUCUGCAUUGUUGCAUGGAAAAAAGUUCUAGUUCACAGAAAAAUAUAAUAUUCUGAAAUAUUUUAAGUAGCUGGUGAAAUAUUCUGAAAUGGGAAACGCACCAGUCAAAGAAGUGGCGCAGGCAGCUGCUGUAAAGGUCGUUGGAACAACAGAGCAGCCGGCUGAGAAACCUAAGCUCAAGCCAUGCUGUGCUUGUCCAGAAACCAAGAAAGUUCGCGAUGCAUGCAUUGUUGAGCGGGGCGAGGAGAAUUGCACUGAUUUGAUAGAAGCGCAUAAACAAUGUAUGCGAGCUCAAGGAUUCAAUAUAUAAGCAAAACAGCCAAGCUUUUCAUUCGUUUAAAUACAACAUGUAGUUAAUGAUUUAUCUUUGGCUGUCUGAAUGAGUAUCCUGGUAUUGUCGGCAAAAGUUUACUUGAGUUAGGUGAUUAUCGCUAUUAAAAUACUUUCUAUUUGUUACUAGUCUUGUUGCGUAAUCUGUAAAAAUAAUAUAAGGAAAUUGCCACUAUGAGUGCGAAUUUAAUUAAUUAAAUAACGUAAAGAGAGCAACAUAA